AUGUCAGAUACGGACGGAGAAUUCAAGUUCCGUCCUCGAGCCGAGAGCAGGAGACAGGCACAAGACCUGUUCCAAGGAGGCCCUGUUCAGGAGCUGCCUAGUGGCCCGUACGUGAACGGCUUCAGCACCAAUGGCACCAACAGUGUCGCCUCGACUCCUCGACACGCCUCAAGUGUCUCAGAACAGAGACGGUUCGACGGUCCCGAAGACUCAAAGUCAACUACAGAACAGUUCCCCCGCCUGUCACCCAGGAGAGACACUUGGCCCUCACGCACCCCAUCACCACACGGACCCCCGAAUGGCGAUGCCUCGGAGCCAAGAAUCAGUGGCCCCAUCCCUUCUUUUGGCAUUCACGAGGGCGACGCCGGAGGACCAAGAUCACGCGCGUAUGCCACCAUCCCGACGUACACAGACGAUACUGGCAUAGAGCACGAGUACCCUCGCCUUUCUCGCCCUGUUGAACUCUUGCGCAGGAGCUAUGACUGCGUAGUCAUAGGUUCUGGCUAUGGCGGCGCCGUGGCAGCGUCCCGCAUGGCGCGGGCGGGCGAGAGCGUCUGCGUCCUGGAACGGGGACGGGAGAAGUGGCCCGGUGAGUAUCCAAGCACGACGAAAAAGGCUGCGGAUGAGCUGCAUUGGUCGGGGAACCUUGCGCCGCAUUGCCUCGGCGAUGGCAUCCCAGUCGAUGGAGGAGAUCCCACGGGGAUGUAUCACUUGAUAUUUGGGAGAGGACAGAACGCGGUUGUCGGCAACGGCCUUGGCGGAACCAGCCUGAUCAAUGCCAACGUCUUCCUGAAAGCAAACCACGAUGCCUUGAGGAUGAGGGCAUGGCCAGAAGAGAUACGAAAGAAUCCACAAUGUCUUGACGAAUUUUAUGAUAAAGCAAAAGAGGUUCUCGACCCCAAGAGAUACCCGUCUGACUGGCCCAUGUUGCCGAAACUUGCCUUACUCAAGAAGCAAGCCGAAUACCUGGGCAUGGCCGACAAGUUCUCCCGAGUGGAGCAGACGACCCGCUUCCGCAACGGGCCCAACAGCUGCGGAGUGGAAAUGGUACCAUCCGCACUGACCGGUCAGGACGCCACGGGUGUCAACGAUGGUUCCAAGACGACAACCUUGGUCACCUACCUCGCCGAUGCCUGGAACUGGGGUGCAGAGAUGUUCUGUGAGUGUGAGGUUAGAUAUAUUGAGAAAUGCUCCCCGGAACGCGGUGGCUACAACGUAUAUUUUGCCUGGCACGGGCGUAACCGGGGCCACUUUAAGGCGAACCUCCACGGCGACUUGAUGUGGGUUCACGCCAAGCACGCUGUCUUCCUUGGUGGCGGCGCGAUUGGGACCACGGAGAUCCUACUACGGAGCAAGCAGCUGGGCUUAAGCAUGAGCCAUCAGGUCGGUCAGAACAUGAGUGGAAAUGGGGACAUCCUGGCCUUUGGAUACAACACGGAUGAAACUGUCAACGGUGUGGGCAGUCCAUCACCAUCGCCAUAUGCGCCGGUUGGACCUUGUAUCACCGGUAUCAUCGACAACCGCGAAGGCCAUGACAAUCCGCUGGAUGGAUACGUCAUAGAAGAGGGUACCAUCCCAGGCGCACUUGCCCCAUUCAUGCAGGCCAUGCUGGACUUGAUGCCUGGCAGUAUCUCUAACGAGGACACAUUGCUUGAGAAGGCUCACGCAAAGCUGGCUCGAUGGGGCAGUCGACUACUCGGCCCUUACUUCAAGAAAGGGGCGAUUGAGAGGACCCAAGUCUAUCUCAUCAUGUCUCACGAUAGCAACCAGGCCAUGCUGACGCUCAAGGAUGACAAGCCUGAGCUCGAGUUCCUCGGCGUCGGGCGGAGCGACCACGUCAAAAAGCUCAACGAUAUAUUAGCCAAGGCCACCAAAGCCGUGGGCGGAACACUUGUUCAGAAUCCAUUCUUCGCGCUGCUGGGACAGCAACAAGUCACGGUGCACCCCAUCGGCGGCGCAAGCAUGGCUCGCGAUGGCACGCCAAUGACGGGAGUGACAAACCAUCUUGGCGAGGUCUUCGUGGGUGAGGACAUGGACAGCAAUGAUGUCCACAAGGGCCUGAUUGUCACAGACGCAGCCGUCAUCCCCGCCGCACUCGGAGCUAAUCCAUUCGCAACCAUCACGGCGCUUGCCGAACGCUCGGUCGAAGCGUACUGCGAGAAACGUGGAUUGGAUAUUGACCGAACGGAAAAUGGCAUACUCAAUCUCUUUGGCAAGCCAGCGCACCACCCCAAAAGACGCCGCAGAAAGACAAUGGAAGAGAUGGCCCUUGCACGCUCCGAGAUUGACAGUGUGAACGGCGCUGCCCACGUGAUCAGCAAGGCGGAUGCCAUCAAGGCCAGUGGCUUUGGCUUCACAGAGGUCAUGUCUGGCUUUAUCCACCACGACGAGGACGGCAUGAGAGAGGACAAGAGGCCCAACUACGAACUUGCUUACCGAACAGCCAAAAGCUUGUGCGAGAGCGCCAGGUUCUUUUUGAGUGUCCAGGCCUUCAACACCAAGAGCAUUGUGAAGGACCCUGCGCACCGUGGCAUGCUUACCGGUACCUUUGUUUGCCCUACGAUCCCCGGGUCUCCCUUUAUGGUGUCAAGAGGCGAGUUCAAUUUGUUUAAACUCGAUCUCAAGGCUCCAGGCACACGUAAUUUGACAUAUGACUUCGACAUGAUGGGCAUCAACGGCGAGCUGCUUCAUUUCCACGGGUACAAAGUUGUUGAUUCUUCCGUUGCCCUUGCGCCCUGGCAGUUUUGGCGGUCGACGACGACACUUUACUGCACAGUCAGCAAGCGAAUUGGGAUGGGUCCCAUCUCUAACGAUGAGCACGACGAUGAGGCCUGGCGCAAACUGAAAGUUGUGGCCAAGGGCAUGAUGCAUAUACAACCGGGCGACUUUGUGUCGGAGCUUAUGACUAUGACUCCUACCGGCUCGUCGAUCUUGCAGAAGAUCUGGAGUGCGGCCAGCUUCAUGACCUUCUUCACCCGCAGGUCUGCGUCUCUCUUCCUGGCACCCUUGACAGCUCUUCAGUACCCGUCAACCACAUACAGCGGCUUCAUCAACAAUACCGUUCCCAACGACUCCUUUGACAUUUUGGACAGUCAGGGUCCAGACGCUGUCUGCACUAGGAUGCACAUGUGGAAUGCGACUCAUGUGCCCGAGGAGGGCGGUGUGAUCGAUCUCUUCAUGAUCCCCGGUGCGAGCGUGGAUCACCAGAUUUUCUCCCUCCCGACAAUCCCCUACAACGCAAUCAACUAUUUUACGCGAGCGGGAUACCGCGUGUUUGUGACUGUCCAUAGGAUCGGCCAGCUCAUGGUCGCAGAGAGGGACUACACCACCUAUGACGCGCGGCUGGACAUCAAGGCGUGUCUCGAGUACAUCCGCAAGAUGAACCGGAAGGAGUACGCGAAGAAGAACAAUCUCCCCCUGGACUCUGCAGAGGUCCAAAAGUGGCAGCCUCCCAAGAUCUACACUAUUGCGCACUGCAUGGGCAGCGUUGCCUUCGCGUCUGGCCUGCUGGACGGCACCAUCCCAUCGUCGUGGAUCCGCGGCGUGACGUGCUCUCAGGUGUUCAUGAACCCGAUCUGGAACACUAUGAACAUGAUCAAGGCCACGGCGGGACCGGUACCUCUGGACAAGCUAUACCGCGCGGUGGCCGGGUCUUGGUUCAGCUGCUCGACCAGCCGUGAGGACGGCCUGGUGCAGCGCGCGCUGAACCAGGUGCUACGGUUCAUGCCAGAUGCCCGCCGCGAGAUCUGCAAUAGCGCCAGCUGCCACCGCAUUAGCCUGACGUUCGGUCGCUGCUGGAACCACAGCAACCUUAACGAGGCGACGCACCGCCAGAUCGACCGCUUCUUUGGCGGUGUCAAUAUGACCCUGCUGCACCUGCUAAUGCGCAUGGGCGCCAAUGGUACCGCCAUGGGGAACAAACCCCUGUGUGAGCCGCUCACCACCCGUGAGAAUAUUGCCCGCUUGCGGGGUAUCCCCUUCUUGCUCUUUGUUGGGCGUGAUAACGCUGUCCUAAGCCCGGAGUCUACGGAAAAGACGUACGAGAUCCUCUGCGACACCUUCGGCACAAAGGCAGGCGGGAUCACCAACGGCGUCCAGGGAGAGGGCGGACCACACGAUAGCGAUGGCAUUGAGUACCGCCGCCGCGUCGUCCCUGGGUAUGGCCACCUCGACUGUUGGAUGGGUCGCAACGCUUGGAAGGACGUGUAUCCGUUUGUCAGGGAGGAGGUUGACCGAGUAUGCCGGGGUGAGAGUUAUCGAUUCCAUGAACCGCAUGACAAGUUCAAGGAGAUGGUGGCUAAAGGCGACCUGAUUUACUAG